CCAGGGGGGCACCGAUUUGGAGUCGGAGAGAAACAGUACAAGUAGUCCCAGUAGAGAGAGCGCCACAAGAAAUCAAGGACUGGACUAAAAAAGCACGAAGUCAAAACAGCCGUGCAGCGACAGGCAGGUUCAGAAUGGUGCUAGACACCCUAAGGCAUACAGGUCUUGCUAUCUGGCAAGCCAUUGCUAUCGCCACUGCUGUGCUGGUUUCAGUCGUCAUCUACUUGAUUCACCUGUGGAUCAGCAAAGGCCUUCAGUUCCCGAAGGCUGGAGUGUGCCGAUGUGAUGUGCGCAUGGACGGGAAGACUGUUAUCGUGACAGGCUCCAACACCGGCACAGGGAAGGAGGCGGCGCGGGACCUCGCGCAGAGAGGCGCUCGCGUGAUCCUGGCUUGUCGAAACGCGAGGAAAGCCGAGAAAGCCGCUGAAGAGAUCCGUAAGUCCAGCGGAAAUGGAAAUGUGGAGGUGGGAGUUUUGGACCUGGCGUCUCUGUCGUCUGUGCGAGACUUCUGCACCCACAUCAUACAGACAGAACCCAGGCUAGAUGUGCUCGUCAACAAUGCAGGAUUUUCUCCGGUAUUGAGAAUGCGAAGCGACAUCUCCUUCUGUCCGAGAACGGAUCCGGAGACCGCAGACGGGUUUGAGCUGAUGUUCGCUGUGAACCACCUGGGGCACUUCCUCCUCACCAACCUGCUCCUGGACCUGCUGAAGAAGUCUGCUCCCAGCAGGGUCGUCACGGUGUCUUCGGGUGCUCAUGUCCGUGAACCGGAGAUAGACUUCAACGACAUCAAUUUUCAUCACAACUUCUCCCCCAUCCGGGCCUACAGGAGAAGUAAACUGGCCAGCAUGCUGUUUGUGAGGGAACUGGCGAGGAGAUUGGCAGGGUCCGGCGUCACAGCAGUCUCCCUGACACCCGGCUACGUGGCGACCUCCCGGCUGAACAGCCAGACCCUGUCCGCCAGGGCGCUGCUGUGGGGUGCUGUGGGGGUGAUGCACCGGUGGCUGUACGGGAAGACUCUCCUGCAAGGCGCGCAGACCACCAUCCACUGCAGCGUGGCAGACGGGCUACGGUCUGGGCAGUACUUCAGUGAAUGUAAGCCGAAGGACCCCGCCCCCCAGGCCAUGGAUGACGAGGCGGCAAGAAAGCUGUGGGAACUCAGUGAGAAGAUGGUGGCACUGAGCAAAUAGCUGAUUUCAUAGCAAAGUCU